CUCACCCUUCUCCUCCCCCUGGGGUUUUUGAUCACAGCGAGAGGGAAGAAAAGCGGCCGCGGCUUCCCUUCCGUCCGCUCCUGCGCAUAACCUACGAAGAAUAACAAGUCCUACCUCGGAGUAGAAGUUGAUUUCUAUCGAGAUUAUUACAGAGAGUUCGAGAAAUAGAGGAAAGCUUCGAUUUCUUUUUCGCCCUUUUCCUGCCCUCGCCCCUUGUUUGCCCUCAAAUCUUUCUUCCAAAGCUUUUACUUUUGCUAGAAUUCGAAGCUUUGGAUCUUCUCCUCGAAAUCUCGAUCUUAUCCGUCCCAUUCUUCCUUCCCCUUUUCCCCUAUCCGCCCCGUCCCGGGGAACCCCAAAAAGUCCCCUUUUCCCAAUCUUUUUACGAUUAGGGUUCCUCUCCUUUGUCCCGGUCGCCCUCGGCGUCGGGUUCCUUGGGGUUCGGCCUUUUGGAUUGGAAAGCUUCGACUUUGGGAUCGGCGGACCAGUCUAUUGGGGCUUCUGGAGUGUUCUGCAGAUCGGAUUAUGGAUUCUGGUCCUUUGGAUCUUUGUUCUUGCCGCGGUUUCAGUUCUGCUUGUCGGGUCUCUCUUUCCUGUUGAAAAAAGAAGGCUCUUUUAUUAUCUCUAGUUUUUGCUCCCGAAACUUGGAACUCUUCAUGGUUUAGGACAUGGAAGUGGACUGCACUUUAAAGAUUAUCUCGGUGCUGUUCCAAUUUCGGUAUAGUUGCUUCAAGCGAUUGUCUUCCUGCAUGUGUAUUGGUGUCUUGGUUGGCUGGUGAUACUAUUCUUGCAAACGGGAUCUUGGAAUUUGCUAGGGGUGGUGCCAUGACGACCGCUUAGGUUUUUUGACACUCCCCUUGGAUUCGGAAUGUGUGGUUUAAAGACAGUAGGAGGUCAUUUUGCUUUACUGGUUUAGUAAGUUUGUUUAUAGUUUGAUUUCUCUCCAUUUGGAGGUUCCUUGGGCUGUCAUUUGUCUCUUUGUGGUGACGGGUUGUGAUGAGGGCAAUGGCGAGGUUUUGAAGCUGGAAAUGAGUUUGGGGACAUGGUGCAUGGACAGGAGCAUGGCCAGCGGUCGGUUCCCUUACUGGAACAGCUGCACUGGAAACUAAGUCUUGUAGCUGAUUCAGGGUCCCCGUGCAAUGUCUCGCUGCUUCCCGUUUCCACCACCAGGAUAUGAAAAGAAGCCAAGGAGUGACAACGUAGAUUUACUAGCCAAGGAGAAGAACAAAGAGAAAAAGCAUAAAAAAGAGAAGAGGGACAAAGAAAAUAGAGAAGGUAAAGAGAAAAAGGACAAAGACAGAAGUAAAGAUAAACACAGAGAAAAGAAAGAUCGAAAAGAAAAGCACAAAGACAAGAAAAAGGAUAAAGAUAAGGACAAAAGCAGGCUAUCAGAGAAUAGAGGAACUGAAGAACAGACCGAGGGUCACCAUGCAGACAGAUUUGGGGAAUGCAACCCGAAGGCUGAGGAAGGCGAGAAUUUUAAAUUUACAGGGGAGUUGGCCAGGAGGAUCAAGGAUGAAGAAAAGGGGGCUGCAAGCAGAAUGGUUGAAAACUUCACCAGUUCAAUUCAAAGAACCAACGAAAAAUCGAAUACUGUCACUGUGGUGGAGAAGAAAAGAGUUGCAGGUAAUGAAAUGGUUUCAAAUCCUGUUGGUACAAUGCAGAGGAGAAAUGAUGGGAUGGGCCAUCCACAGAAUAACUUUCCUAGUCCACUUCAGAGAAGAAUUGAGGGUAUUGGCUCCAGAACUGCAAUGCAGAAGGAAAGAAGUGCGAGUAAUGAAGUGGUUGCAAACAGCAUUAGUUCAGGGCAAAGAGGAAACACUGGGAUGGUCCGACCAGCAGAAAAUUCUGCAAAUUCUAUUCAAAGAAGAUAUGAGGGCCCAUGCAUUGCAACUGCAUCAGAGAAGGAAAGAGGCACAAGUAACAAAAUCUUCUCAAAAUCCAGUGUUACAGUGCAAAGGCCACAUGAUGGGAUGGGCCGAUCAGCAGAUAGUCUCUCUGGUUUAUCUGGUUCCAUUCAAAGAAAAAUUGAUGGCGUGGGCCUUGCAACUGCAAUGGAGAAGGAAGGAAGAAAAGGUAAUGAAAUCAUUCCUAACCACAUUAUUGCAGAGCAAAGAAGAAAUGAUGGGAUUGGAAAAUCAGUGGCAAAGGAUGCAGAUAAAAAGAUUGAAGGGAAGGAGAAGAUCAAAGAGAGGGGAGUAUAUGAUGAAAAGGGAGAAAAACACAAGGACCAGAAUCGGGAUGAGAAGAACAAAGGAAAGGAUCAAGAUAGACACCAUGAGAAGGAAAAGAAGAAGGAAAAAAUAAGAGAGAAAGGUGAGCACAAACAUAAAGAACAACAGAAACGAAGAGACAGUGGAAAAAAGAGUCAGAUAGAUAGUCUAAAUAUGAAGCCCUUAGCCCCUCAAAAAGACAAUGACAAGAGAUCUGGCACUGAUGUUAAUACCAAGAAGAGGAAAGACUUUGAGAUGAAUGGUUUUUUGCAUGAGAUUGAUGUGCGGCCUAACAAGUUUUCAAGAGCAGUACCUUCCUCCCACCUCCCUAUGGAGAAUGGCAGAACAGUGGGGUUAUCUCCUGUUGCUACAUCAUGUUCUUCCAUUAAUCCCGGAGUCAUAAAUAACGCCAUGGCAGAAAGAGUCCUAGAAAUUAAGGAUCAGAAGAUAAAUGAUAUUGUAGAAGCCAAGACACCUUCAGCUGACUGGAGUCUAGUUCCUAUUGGAACUAGUGAGAAGGCCAAAGCUUUCUUGAAACCUCCUCACCCUGAUGCCAAGUAUCUAAGCCAGAUAUAUUCUGUUCCCAAAAUGGAAGAAUGGCCUGAGUCUGAUGAUCAAGAGUGGCUUUUCAGCAGUAAUCAUGUCCGGCCAAAGCAUAAGAUGAAGUUUGAGGUUGAUGAAACACCCCAGGUGUGGGCCCAAGCAUUACGGAUCGAGUCAGCGGAUGCUAUUGCUUUGCCAUAUGUCAUUCCUUUCUGAUACCACAUAUCAUAUUUAUGCCCGAAUGCUGAUCCCUGGAUUCGCAUUGAAGGUAUGGCAGCAUGGCAGAAUAGAUGCCUGUUUUUCUUGCUGCCUUUUUACUCUAAUCCUGUUUUACCAGGUAUGAGCUUGGACUUCUUGCAGUUACCAGCAUAUGCUAGUGACAUUGUCCUGGAUUCUUCAGGUGAAACUGUCACCACUCAUUGCAUGCUCCCCAUCAAAUGGACUUGGAUAUAUCAACAUUUCAUUGUCCAUACCAAUUACAAGAGCCCUUUCAGGUAGAAACUUCAUGUGAUGCAAUAUCUGAAAUCCAUACCAAUGAACCGAGAUGGUGAUAGACCCUAUAAGUUUUCAUUUAUCUCAAGAAUCUGAGUUCUUAUUUGGAGGAGGGAGUGGUCUUGCUGCAGAACCACACAAUUUUGAUUUGUAUCAUGUAAAUCUUUUCAUAGUUAGAAAUGUAAAAUAGAGGGGCAAAAAAGAUAUAAGAAAAUGAAAGAGGCUAUCGUCAUUCAUUCAUUCUUUGUUAUUUGGUGGUCUGCUGACUUUAUUUGCCUUGCGGGGAAGGUUGGGUUAUUUAGUAGCUUACGGGAGGCAUUUACUUGUGUUAGCUGAAGCAUUCAUUCAUCAGUGCAGGUGAUCAUUCAUGAAGUUAUGCUUUCUAAAGGUUCCCUAUGCAGAGCCCCAAAAGACAUCUGAUGGAGAUGGGUAGGCACAUCACUUUCGCUAAGAAACGAUUUUACAUUUUGGCCAUCUUGUCAUCAUCUUAUAAUUCUCUCCAAGUGUUGUGUGGAUGCCAUGGGAGUUAUUUGUU